AUGAUUAUCUCGAUAAUUCGCCUACGAGAUACUACAAAUGUGAACUCCCAAUUCCUUGAUGGACUUCAUAGAGACCAAAAGUCUCUCAAAAUAACCCAUAAAUUUCCCUUAAGACAACCAUUAAAACCACUUAUAAAACGACUCAAACCUCCUCCAAAGCCCGGAAAACCUACCGAUUCUUGGAGUUUUAGGGGCUGUUUUAAAAGGGUUUUGGUUAUGGAAAAUGACAGCUUCAAUGGAGGAGGAGAUGGAGGUGUUGAGCUGCAAAAAAUGAUGGAGAAGUAG